AUGUGGAACCUACAAGCUAUGGAUGCGACUCUGGCGGUUGUGAGCAGAGCCUGUACUUGCAGCCCUCUCGCCAAUUUCAUACAAAUCCAGGGAUGUGUGAUUUGUUUACUUCUUGCUACUGGAUGGUGUUUUGCUGCCUUUGUCAGGAGUAGAGUAAUAAGGUGCUUGAAGAAGAAAAUUGAAGGUGGCAACUAUUUUGCAUUUAUCUGUCAAGAUAUCAAUAGUCUUGAGCAUAGUGCUCAGCUCAACUUGCCAAGAGUUACAGUUAUCAUGCCUUUAAAGGGCUUUGGAGAGCAUAAUUUGCAGAACUGGAGAAGUCAGAUCACCUCUCUUUAUGGUGGACCUUUGGAGUUCCUUUUUGUAGUUGAAAGCAUUGAUGAUCCAGCUUACCAUGCUAUAUCUAGCUUAAUCUCAGAAUUUAAGGACAACGUUGAUGCAAAGAUUGUUGUGGCUGGUCUCUCAACAACAUGCAGUCAGAAAAUUCAUAAUCAGUUAUUUGGUGCUGAGAAAAUGCAUAAGGGCAGCAAGUAUGUGUUAUUUCUGGAUGAUGAUGUUAGACUGCAUCCUGGAUCAGUUGGAGCUCUGACUGCAGAAAUGGAGAAAAAUCCCGAGAUAUUUAUUCAAACUGGAUAUCCUCUUGAUCUGCCUUCUGGAAGCUUGGGAAGCUAUUGCAUUUAUGAAUAUCACAUGCCUUGCUCAAUGGGAUUUGCAACUGGUGGGAAGACAUUUUUCCUAUGGGGUGGUUGUAUGAUGAUGCAUGCGGAUGAUUUUAGAAAAGACUCACAUGGUGUUGUCAGUGGACUGAGAGAUGGUGGGUAUUCUGAUGACAUGACUCUUGCUGCAAUUGCUGGGGAACACAAAAAGCUUAUUUUUUCACCACCAGUUGCUGUCUUUCCUCAUCCUCUUGCUAGUGACCUAAGCUUUGCAAGAUAUUGGAAUUACCUGAGGAAGCAAACUUUUGUUCUCGAAUCUUACAUUUCAAAGGUUAACUGGCUCAUGAAUCGAGCAUUAUUUUCUGUGCACUGCUAUCUAUCUUGGGCAUUUGUUUUACCAUAUUUCAUGGCAAGUUUACACUUUUUGGCGGCGAUAAGAGCGCAAUUUAGUAACUAUCUCUUCGGAGAAUCAAAUACAUUAUCUUGUGGCUUGUCAUUGGCUGGCUGCUUGGUAGUUUGCACAGUUAUUGCACUUGUCUCAAUGUGGAACUUGACAAAGGUGGAAAUUCAGUUGUGCAACAUGUUAUCACCUGAGGGACCAAAAAUGUCACUUGAUUCCUAUAACUGGAGACUUGUAUUUCUUGCAAUGCUCGUAGACAAUUUCUUGUACCCCAUUUCUGCGAUGCGGUCGUACUUCACAAAAUAUGUAAACUGGUCUGGAGUUCGAUACUACUUGAAGGAAGGAAAAAUAAGCAAGAUUGAAAGACUUAAACAAGAUGGUGUGACUUAUUCUGAUCUUGGAGGAAAACGUUUAUACAGUAAACGAGUUUGCAUUCCGAAAGUCUCAUUUGUUGGAUCUUUAGUUAAAAGAUUGGUUCGAUGGCAUAAACCGAAGAAAUUUGAUAGCUAGAAACCAUUAACUCCCACAGAGAGCAUAUGGCAUUCUUUGUGUUUUUAUUUUCUUUUUCUUUUCUUGUGCAAUUGCUUGUAA